AUGCCGUUGAUUCCAAUAGAUAUCAGAGAGUACGCCAGCACGCCGUCUCUGUCGUCACAGAAACUCUCCAAGGUAGUCUUGGGCCUUAUAAUUGCCGGAGCAUCGAUUGUCGGGAUUGGCAUUCUAGCCACCAUUAUCAUGUGUUGUAAACGUCCAGGGCUCUUUUCCGACCUCAAUUACGGUUUACAUGGUAUCACCAUCUCGAGGCCCAAGUACCCCAGCCAGGCCCCACCCAGACCGUCUUCUAGAGGAGUAAUCAGAGGGCCUGAUGGAGUAGUCAGAGGGCCUGACGGAGUAGUCAGAGAACCUCCACCAGCAUACUCGCCAGUAUAA